CGGGAGCCGGAGAUGGGGGCGGCCGGGGCCCGCUGGGCGCCUGGGGCGGCUCUGGUGCUCGCGGCCCUGCUGGGGGCCUCGGGAGCCGGCCUGGCCGACAACGUGAUCUGGGCAGUGAACGCGGGCGGCGAGGCCCAUGUGGACGUGAACGGCAUCCACUUCCGCAAAGACCCGCUCGAGGGCCGGGUGGGCCGAGCCUCUGACUAUGGCAUGAAGCUGCCAAUAUUGCGGUCCAACACAGAGGAUCAGAUUCUGUACCAGACUGAGCGUUACAACGAGGAGACCUUUGGGUAUGAAGUCCCCAUCAAGGAAGAGGGUGACUACGUUGUGGUGUUGAAGUUUGCUGAAGUUUAUUUUGCACAGUCCCAGCAGAAGAUGUUCCAAAGCUGCAACCUCACCCUGGCCUGGAAAAAAAGGAGGAUGAGGAAGAUGAAGAAGAGUAUGAAGAAGGCUCCAGCGUCAAAAAACAGGCCAAUAAGAACCGGGUUCAGUCAGGCCCCCGGACACCAAACCCCUACGCCUCAGACAACAGCAGCCUCAUGUUCCCUAUAUUGGUGGCCUUUGGUGUCUUCAUUCCUACCCUCUUCUGCCUUUGCCGGUUGUGAGGGCAAGCCCCAUGCAGAGAUGCAGUGGCAGGGGCCGCAGGCCAGGAGGAAAGGAGUCGGACCAAAUGUGGUUGCUUUGAGUUUCUCCAUAUUUUUCAUAAUUUAAGGGAAAAAAAAAGUUCAUUUGGAAUGAACGGCAGGUACAGGUAAAGGGGGGAGCUCGCCUUCCCCCAGCCAGCGAGGCCUUGGCUUCCCCUGUUGCACCAUAGGCAGCAUCCCUUCCUCUUCGGGGCACUUGAGAUUAAACUGGAUCCUUGCUGUCUGUCUGGGCUGAAGGAAGCUGAUGCUGGCGAACUUUGGUCCAUAUCCCGCCUGGAGAGGAAGCUGCGUGACCCAAACGUUGUGCCCUUGUCCAGGUGGAUAAUUGGUCCCGGCUUAAGAAGCUAAGCAGGGAAGCGCUCUCUGAAUGUUGCCUGGAAAAACAGCCUUUGAAGUGAGGCCUAGAUGUGUGUGGUGGUCAGAAGUGUGCACAGAUGUUCUGGUGCCUUUGGGUGACAAUUAUGGGGGAAAGAGACUGGCUUUUCAACAGCGAUCUGAAUGCGUGUAACUAAAUGCACGAUACUUCUCUGUCCUAAAGAUACACAGGCUCAGACUUGCUGAUGGGUCUCCAGGAAAGGUUCCAGCUUUAGAGUGAGUUGCAAAAAGAGCUGAGGGAAUUAUUUGGCCUGAUUUUAUGCACCAGUUGGGAGAAACUUUCCUAGUUUGAUAAUUGUGUAAUGUUAGAUCGUUGCUGCAGAGGUUCUGCUGUGACCUGCAAUAGGCUGGCUUUUUGCUGCAGUGUCUCUGCCCCAGAUGCGUUUGGUUUCUGUAUCAGCUGUGGCUUUUAUUUUCCUUUUUAAUAUUUUUCUUCGCAGUGGCUCACUUCAAGCCCCAUCCCACCUUGCCCUCUCUAGUGUUCAGUGUCUCCCCUGGAGGGGCUGAGAACCAGGUGACCAAAAAAAUGGAGGCUCUGAGCCCCCAAUGCUUGUGCAUCCCUGCUAUGAUCAAUAAUCUGGCAGCCAUAAAACAGAGUAGUGCAACCUUGAAGUACUUUCCAAUAACCCUGUAAUCCUUCUGCAUCAGCUGCAUUGAUCUGAUCCAGUCUGCAGUAAUGUGAGAUUGCAGUCUGUACCUACCAUUAACUAUCUUGCGUAGGCUUUGGAAUAUCAGGAUGUGCCUAAGAAUUGGAUGCUGGCAAGUACCAAGGUGCCCAGCCUCUCAGUCCUGUAGGAUGAGCAUGUCCAUCCAUUGUGGAGAAUCUGAAAUGGAUGGAAACUGAUGUAGAUCAGUCUGGUCAGCUUCCAUGGUCACCUAAUGAUGGGUCUGAGCUACCCUGUUCACUUUCCCCCUCUGACAGCUUAGCAAGUGGACUCUGCACUCACAUGAAGAGCAUGUGUUCUCUGAGUGGAGUGUCAGGAGUGGCUACUUUGCUCUGGAUCUGAGUCUGGUGUAAUCAGGAGAGCAGUGUGGAAAACAGAAGCCUGCAAUGUGCAGUCCACACACACUUCCUGAUCUGGAACUGAAGGUCCUUGGGCAGCUGGCAUUUAAGAUCUGAAUCUGCAAGGUGCUGAGCAGCUUCCAUUCCCAUUGACUUAUGGGAGUUGGCAGUGCUCCCUUCCUCACAGGAAGUGCCCAACACCUUGCACAGCCAGGGUAAAGGGUAUUCUUUGGAGCUUAAGUCUUGAGACACCAGCCUUGUCAGCUUUAAUUCUAAUAACAUCCAUCCUCAGGGCAGAAUUCUCUUUGCCUUGGGCUAAAUAUUUUUUUUUGGCAAGCAUCUCAUCUACUUCAUACUGUGCAGCUUGACUGAGAAGUAAUGCCCCUGCUGCUCCUGCCUGGAUUCUGACUUUUCUUAUCAGUUGCUUUUGAGCACAAUUGUGUGUAGCUACUCAACUCACACCUGGCCUUUUGAUAAUCUAGACAGAGCAUCUUGGUGAAGGGUCAGCAGAGCUCUAUGAAUAGUCCUUUUACAGCAGCCAAGACAUUUACUUUCUUCCUAUUAAUUUUCAAGCUGUGGAAAGUGUUGCCCAACCAUGAGUGCCAAGACAGAAGCUAGGGACAUUCUCAGAGCAUUGGUCCCCAAAGCAGCCAUCUUUCUGAGCAAGUGCAUUGCUGCUUUGUGUUUAACCACAAUUCUGAUUCUGUGAGUCCAGUGCAAAAUAUAGUAUCCAGCUGAGCUUUCUCCCAUUGCUACUGUCAGCCACUAAUGCUCGCACAAGCAGUUCAAUUGGUAAAACAGUCAGAGAAUGCUUGACCGUAAUGAAACCUACCCACGGGGAGGAGAAGGCGAGCAGUAGAUCUCCAGAGCAAGCCAAGCUCUGAAACAGUGAGAGGCCUGGGACUAGCAGCUCAUUCAGCUGUUUCCUCCUGGACUCUUAUCACUCCUAAAUGCUUAUUUUCUUAAUGUAUGAGUCAAUUAAAAAGGUGUAUUUUGAGGACAUUUUUAAUUACAGGCAUUGCCACUCAGAAAAUUUUGUCUAAACUUAUGAUUUCCCCAGAUCUCUUUGGCCACCAUCUGAUCACUCUAACACAGUAGCACAGCACAGGGUGUGGAACCUUAAUCAAAUAGCAGGAACUUCUUGGGUUCAGCACAAACUGCCCUGAUUCAUUAGGCAAACCGAGAACUUGAUCCUGAAAACAACAAGGCUUCCAACUGAGGAGAGUGCUCUUCUCUUCCCCUGAGAUGCCAGCAUUUCUUAGACACAAGUCUCCUUCAGGACCCCUCAGUCUCUGCACAGCUUGAGCUCCAGGGCCCGCAUCUAGGAUCAUAGGUGGUAGAGAUGGAAGAGGCCUGUUAGAUUAGUCCAUUCCUCUGCAAGGCCAGGGUAGCUGAUCCUGCCCUGUUCCUUCUAACAGUGGCAAUGCACUUGCUCUGUGCUGGACUCCCACCUGAGGAUGAAGCAGCGUGUCUUUAGAGGUAGCCAGCACGGCAUUAGACUUCUGCUGUGUGUUGCAGCCUAUGUUUUUAAAAUAAAAUUAAUUCAGUUUAUUUUUUUUUAAUUGGAAUAUUUUUUGCUCUGUUUACCCAUAACUUGGUUAUCAAGCCUUCUCUUCUGCACUGGGGGUGAGGUACUCACAUGGGUUUGCGCUCCCUCCCUUAGCUGCUUGCUGGGUCAUCUGGCCCCAUGAUGGUACUAUAAUAAAGCAAUUUUCCUUUUUGCUUUCCUGUUUCAACCCUUCCCUUUCUGGCAGCUUCAGACUUCAUUUGAAGGAUCCUUUUGGGACAAGUAAAACGUGCUUUGUUUUUUAAAUAAGGACUAUUAAAGGGGAGUAGGGUGCAGUGGUCAGAGGGACCCAUCCAAUGUAUGAAUGGAUAUUGAGGUCUGAUUGUGGCUCGCUUUUGCCUAGAUCUCUUCAUAGCUGCAUCUGCAUUUUGACUGCUUAAAACUGGCAAGAGGUACGCAGCUUGGGGGUGGUGGUUUAGGGCUACUUUAUUUUUCUGUUGUUGAUAUAUUGGAAUAUCUUAUCGUUCAGCCGUUGUCUUUCACUGAAGUUGGUUUCCAUUUGUGUUUAGGGAUGGAUGGUCAAGCAAAUACAGUCACAGGCGAGGCUGCUGCAUGGUGGAAAUGAGUGAAGAGUCAGUGAUUGCUUCCAUGACACAUUUCAAACUCUGGCUGGCUGUUUGCCUUUGGAAUGGCUGCGCCGCUGUUCUACUUCCCUAAAGGAGUAGCUUUUCCACGGCCUUACGCUCCGGUAGUCUGUAAUGCAGGCCAGUGCCCUGGGGGUUAGGAGACCAGUUAGAAACAACCAAGGUAGUUUAAAAAUUCAGUAUCACAAACAAAACAGCAGUGGGCAAAUACGGACCUGGUCCCUGUGUGCACGGCCUUGCUAUAGUGGGCAGGGUGGAGUGAGUACAUUCAGGCCACAGUUCAGUGUACCUUGAGAAGCCUGUGGAUGGACAGUUGUGUUCUGUGGGACAGAUUGUUUAGAAAACAGGUUUAGUCAAGUUUUUUUUUUUUUCCCUAAAAACAAAAAAGCAAUGUGAUGGUGAUAUGGGCUUGACUUGAACCUUCCCAGCCCAGGGUAUUCAAACUGCAGGUGGAGAUUCUUUGGUUUAUGUUUUUCCUCCCCACCUGCUGUGCCUAGGGUGUAGGAUCUCAGAAUAGCAGGCAGCCUUACACACCUGAGUCCUCCUUCUGCAAAGCAGUUGGGAGAGUGAGGAUCUGUUUCAUCCUUAACUCUGAAUUCUGUGGGCAUUAGUAGCUUUAAACCGUCCCUGUAACUUUGUACUGUAGUGUUUGUGUGAGUGGAACGAUAUCUAACCUUUCCCUGUGGGAUUGCAGGUGGAAGCAAGUGGAAUGCCAAAGCAAAUCCUUAUGUUCAUUUUUGGUGCCUUUUUGUUGUGGUUUGAUCACAAGUCUGUUGGAAGAAGCUUCUGUUUUAAGGAACUUCUGUUUCCUCUUUAAAUCUAACUCCUGGAGGAGACGGUCCCUAAUCCAGGCACUUCCCCCUCUAAAAGCAGCAGGCAUUCUCUUACCGUCCUGUGAUCCAUGCUCUGGAAUGUCCUACCUGAAGUACGGUGCGACUUGUGAAUAUCCUCUGAUAGUUUCUGUUGCUGGAUGCAUAGUAAUGGAUGUGAUAGGGGAACUGGCAGGCUCCUUCAGGUUUGUUCUCCCCAAAGAAAUCUCCAGAGGGAUGGGGAGCUUCCAGGAAACAUUGUCCCCAUCUGGCCAUGGUUUUCAGGGGCUUGGUGAAGGUCAGAUUUUGGGUAGGAGCGUGGUCCUCAGCAUGGCUUCAGUCCUGAUUCUGCAGCAGUAGCGAAGUUUAUGGCAUGAUGUCAACCCCAUCCCGCAUCAGGACCUUGCUAGCAAAGGUCUUCCCGUAGAGUGGCCAUUGUGGCAGGGACUCUAAACCAAGAGCAGAAUACAGUACUUCAUCCCUGGCUUUGCUGUGGUUGAGACUGGACUAGCAGCAACCAUUGGAAACAUAGUCCAAUUUCAGCUGUAGCCUGCAUAGUCCCUUUGGAAAAGGAUAGAAAACUACUGGAUUCUGCAUGACUCUUGAUGUGUAACAGAUUCUGAGAAAGUGGUUUGGGACAAAACUUCUCUUAAACUCCUGCUAGUAGCAGACCCUCUGUGGCAUCUGUCUGCUCCUUGUUCCAUUUAGGGCAGGAGAGAGAUCUGCUUAGUGGGAAUCUCAGGGGGAGCAAGGUUUGGAAUCUCAGAAUCAAUUCCACUAUCUGGCUCUGCUACAUCUCCAUAACAAAUGCAUGCAAAGGUCUAAUGGGACUAGGCUUGGGGUUUUUUACACACUUGCCUCUGUUUCCACCAGAUUUUAUCCAGUGAUUAAAUAAGCUUAGGCAUGUAUUCUUGAGGAGGAAUAUAUCAUGUGGGUUGGAACUGAGAACUCCUCCCAGGAAAGGAUGGAGCCUAGUAAAUAGGCACCAAGUUCCUGAUCUUGACAUAAUGGUUAGGGGAUGCAUCAGACCCAUGAAACUUGUGAUUAUUUCACAUCAGUUCUGAACAGACUCAUCGCAAGAAUAUGAUAGUACUUAAUUUCUGGCAUUGGUCUGUGAGGAGGAGGUUGCAGCCAGGGUUCUGUCUUCCUGGACUCUGGCUUACUCAGAGUUUAUAGCUAUAUAUUAAAGAGCUUUCUGAAGAGAUCAAGGAAAUGCUCUGGGGCACUCUGUGCCAGGUCUAGUCAGCACAACUCUCAUUGCUGACAUUGGUUUUUAUUCCCCCCUCCCCCACCCCAAUAAGUGUUUUAUUAAAAAAAAAAAAUACAGAAGUGCUUUCUUCCCUCCCAGAGAGAGUGCUGUCUGCUCAGGAAAUGUGAAUAAUCCAUAGCAAACAGCAAAAGUUCAGGAGGCUGCGGGUAGAGGUUAAUCCCAGGGAAAGUGGGGAAACAGCAGCUCAGACAGGUGUCAAGAGCAGUUUUUAACAAGUCUUGUUUAACCAGAAACUCUUAGUGUGUGUGUGAAUCUAGGAAAUGCAAAAUCUUUGAGCCAUAGUUAUUUCUUACUCAUGUGUGUUAGGGGUGUGCUUAUUUGUUCUCUCACAGUGAUUCGGUUUUAAUCCAAGCAUGUUCAGUCAGAAUCUUGGAGUGACUAAAACACCCACUAGAGGCUGAUAAACUUGGGCCAGGGCUGCUCCUGGGGACGUCUUGCACUCAAGCUCUUCCUGCUUAAGAAACUAACCAGUCUGUAAGGUGGCUCCAGGCUGCAUGAAACAAAAGUAGAGUUCUCAGGGCCGCUGGAGAAGUAGCUUGGAUUGCCCAAGGCUUUAGCCCAGUUACAGUGACAAUGUUUGGGUCCCAUCUGCACAGCAACUCUUAACUGUUUUGUAAGUGGGUCCCAUGACGUGGAUAUGGUUGUGUAGACAAGGCCUGAAUGAGCUGCUUGCAGGUCCCUCUUGCUAAGGGAACACUGGCUUCUUGCAGUCAGCUGAUUUGUUGAGCAUUAAGAACCACACAGUUGCAAGCUCUACUCAAGGCUGCAAGACUCGAAUGACCACGAACGAUAUAGCAAUAUGGCGAGAAAUAUCAAUUUCUUUUGGGUUAAAUCUUCAUCUGUAUUAGUAAUCAGUACUAAAGGGUUUUGAAGGAGGAUUUUUUUUUUACUGUCCAUUGCUUUGUGUUAUAACAACUUGCGGUAACUGUUUGUUUGUAUCAGUCUUAGGCCCUGGGUUAAAAGCACAGAUGUCUAUUUCUGAUUGGACUGGCUUUGCAAAGGCUUGUUCUUUUGGGGAGAAGAGCUGGGUGUGUGGGUGGGUUAUUUUAUUUUUGGUACAUGUAGCUGUUUAUUUUUUAAUUUUCCCAGGAUGUUUGGUUGAGGGAAUGUUCUGAAAUCUACUGCCUGGCAGUUUUAACCAGCAGUGUAUUAAAGGAAAAUAAACAAAAUUAUAUUGUCA